UAUUCAUUAGCGCCCUUCAGGAAAAAUAAAAACACAAAGCCGCUUCUUUGCACUAUGUUGGAUUUGAUGUUUAAUUCAUGCGUAAGGUGUCAUCUGCCGGCCAGCUUUGUUUACAGAUAUGAUUAGUAAAGGGAAAGAAUAGCACUUAUAGAAUUGAUGCGUAAUUAGAGCGCGGGCUGCUGCAGAGCACAUGUCUGCGUAGGGUUUCAACAGGUUGAAAGUCAACGAGGAUUUUUUUCUUCUUUCCUCCUGUCUGCUGCCAACAGAAGGGAUGCGUCUCUGUGUUACUGUUUUCCUCUUGUUGUGGGUACAAGCCCUGACAUUGAAAAAUCUUAAUUACUCCGUCCCCGAGGAGCAAGGACCGGGCACAGUCAUAGGGAACAUAGCAAAAGACGCUGGAUACGGGACUGUGGAGAGAGGUAAAAAAUUCCGUGUCCUCGAGAAUUCCGCGCCACAUCUCGUGGAUGUUGACCCGGAGAGUGGACUUAUCUUUACCAAACAAAGGAUUGACAGGGAGACGUUGUGCAGGCGCAACCCCAAGUGCCAGCUCUCUAUGGAAGUAUUUGCCAACGACAAAGAGAUUUGCAUGAUUAAGAUUGAUAUACAAGACAUCAACGACAACUCACCCACUUUCCCCGCGGAUCACGUUAAUAUUGACAUUUCUGAGAACGCAGCAGCAGGGACGCGCUUCCCCCUCACCAUCGCACAUGACUUGGAUUCAGGGGAGAAUGGCAUCAAGACAUAUCAGGUCACGAGAGACGAUUACAAUACAUUCUCUUUGGAUUUAAAAGUCAGGGGUGAUGGGACUAUUUACCCUGAGCUGGUGGUUCAGAGACCCCUGGAUAGAGAGGAUCAGAGCCAUCACACCCUGCUGCUCACUGCCAUAGACGGAGGGGAGUAUCCAAGAUCAGGCUCCAUGCAAAUUAACGUGAGAGUGACUGACUCCAAUGACAAUAGCCCUAUUUUUGACAAAUCCUCUUAUGUCAUAGAGAUCCCUGAGAACUCUCCACCAGGAAAAGUGCUCAUAGAUCUAAACGCCACUGACCAGGAUGAGGGCAGCAACGGGCAGGUGGUGUACUCCUUCACUGGAUAUGCAUCUGACAGAAUACAAGAUCUGUUCUCUAUUGACCCCAAUUCUGGCGUCAUCAAAGUCCAAGGAGAGAUAGACUAUGAAGAAAAUCCAAUUAUAGAGUUUGAUGUGCAGGCCAAAGAUAUGGGCCCCAACCCAAUACCGGGUCACUGCAAAAUUACUGUCAAAGUGCUGGACAAAAAUGACAACACACCAAUAAUAAGUUUUGUCUCCGUUCGGCAGGGUGCAAUAAGCGAGGCAGCACCCCCGGAAUCUGUCAUCGCACUGGUCCGGGUGACAGAUAAAGACGCAGGCAGGAACGGUCAGCUCCAGUGUAGGGUGAUUGGUAAUGUCCCGUUCAGACUUCAGGAGAACAACGAUAACUUCUACACGCUGCUAACAGACAGGCCCCUGGACCGAGAAAUGAAAGACGAGUAUAAUGUGACUAUUGUAGCAAGAGACAAUGGGAUCCCUUCUUUGAACUACACUAAGUCCUUUACUGUGAAAAUCCUGGAUGAAAAUGACAAUGCUCCCCGUUUUACAAAGACAGUCUACAUUCUACAGGUGCCGGAGAACAAUAUCCCAGGGGAAUAUUUGGGAUCAGUGCUAGCCCACGACCCGGAUGUAGGUCGGAAUGGAACUGUGUCCUACUCCAUUUUGCCAUCACAUAUAGGAGAUGUUUCAGUGUAUACUUAUGUGUCUGUCAAUCCCACUAAUGGAGCUAUAUAUGCAUCACGGUCAUUUAACUAUGAGCAGACUAAAUCUUUUGAAUUUAAAGUUCAAGCGAAAGAUGGUGGGUCUCCUCAUAUGGAAAGCACCUCUAUAGUCAGGGUCAACAUACUCGAUGUGAAUGACAAUCUGCCUGUUAUUAUUCUUCCCCUGCUUCAAAAUGAUACAGCUGAAAUCCCUGUGCCCAGAAAUGUAGGUAUAGGAUAUAUUGUUGCCACGGUGAAAGCGGUUGACCACGAUCACGGCGAGAGUGGCCAUUUGACCUAUGAGAUUACAGAGGGAAACGACGACCACCUGUUUGAAAUGGAUCCAGUGGGAGGAGAGGUCAGAACAGCUCACGCUCUUUGGGAAGAGGUGGCUCCUGUAGUGGAGUUGGUAGUGAAGGUAACUGACCAUGGCAAGCCCCCCUUAUCUGCCGUGGCUAAGCUCAUCAUUAGGGCCAACAUGGAGGCUGCAGCGGGAGGGGGGUCUAGCACCAGUGGAGAACCACAGCACUGGGACGUAUCUCUGCCCCUCAUAGUUACCCUCUGCAUUAUCUCUGUCAUGCUCUUAGCCGUCAUGGCCGCCAUCGCUGUCAAGUCCAAGCAUCAAGAUAAGGAGACUGGGAAUUAUAACUGCCGCAUGGCUGAGUACUCCAAUGCCCCGGUGGGGAAGGGCAAGAAGAAAAGGAUCAACAAGAGUGACAUCAUGCUGGUGCAGAGUGAGAUGGAGGAGAGAGAUUCGGCCAGCCGCAUGAACGUGGUGAGCAGCCCCUCUCUCAUCACCUCGCCCAUUUGCUUUGACUACCAGAGCCCGCUGCCCCUGACCCUCCCCAGGUCAGAGGUCAUGUACCUGAAGACCACUCCCAACAGCCUGACGGUGCCCCGAGCCGGCUGCCACUCUAGCUUCGGCGGACUCAGCGCAGACACUCCAGCCAAUAGGAUGUCAGUGAUACAGACUGAAAAUUUCUCCUCUGAGUCCAAUUACGCGGGCAGCCGGCAACCGUUCGUUCAAAGCUCCACAUUUAAGGAUGCAGAGCGAGCCAGCCUGCGAGACAGUGGCCAUGGUGAUAGUGACCAAGCUGAUAGUGACCAGGAUACUAAUAAAGGCUCACAGUGUGACACGUCUGCCAGGGAGGCCCUCAAGAUGAAAGCACCAGCGGUUAAUGGGCAGCCUUUUGAGCAGGAGCAAGACAAAUCAGUCCACUGCACGGAUGAAUGUCGCGCACUGGGACAUUCUGACAGAUGCUGGAUGCCAAAGUUACGGGUAGGAAGCCAAGCAGACAGCGGCGAUAAUCGCACCAACCUUUUCAUCCCUGUGGGAAUGGAUGCCAUGGUAGAGACAGAGAUUUAUGGCACCAUCAGCUGCGGCAGCGGGAGCAGCGGCAGAAAAACCCUCAGCACGUUUGGGAAGGAGCAGCGGGACAGUACAAUCCAAGUGGCCAAUGUCAAACCAUACUUCAAAUCUCAGCGCGCUCUGAGCCCGCCGCUGCAGGAGACCCAGUCCAGUACUAGUCCUACUAAGACAGAGCCCUCUCCCCGGGACCAUGAGGCCAAGCACGAGCCCAAAGAGGAGCGGGAGGGGGGUUCUGACAGCAGUGCCUAUGGCCCUCCGGACGGCCAGUGCUCUCCUCUGCACACGGUGCUGGAGGAGCCGGCCUACGUCACCUCUGAGCUCAGGCCCAAGUCUCUGUCCAGCAAUCUGAUUCACAGCCCUGUCAUCAGCCAGGAGUGCCCUGUGGACCCACGGGACUCCGGGAACUGACCAAUCAUGUGCAGCGCUGCCACCUGUGUGAAGUUAUGACCACACAUUGAUGACCAACAAGUGUUUUCUUUUGUCCAGACACGCAUUGUAUAACCAAAAACCAUCAGCUCUGUCUGUUUUCUUUACUCUGUGACUUGUCGUGUUUGGGUGAACCGUGUCCUUGACUGCUGUGACAGUGGGGGAGGGGAGAAAAAACAGUGCUUAAACUGGGCUUCAAGUGUGUUUCCAUGGUGUACUGUACCUGUCAAUUUAGAUGUCUGUAUUUUGCACAUUUCAAGCUCCAACUUUGUGAGGCUGUUGAACAAAUUGCUACUGUUAAGCUAUUGAGUCCCGUCUGCUUUUGUACAGUGAAGCUUUCUGUCUCCACUUAGUGUAUAAGGUCCAUCUCUCCAGUCUCAUGACCACACCGAUACAUAUCAGUGACCAUACAAAAGUGAAGUGUCUUAUGAACUGUUUAACGGUGGUGCAACAGGGAAUGUCCCUUUUCAUAAACAUGUUGAGUUUCUUACAAACGUUUUUUAAGAAUGUAUUUGUAUUUUAUUGUUGUCCUCCUCCCGCGGUUUCUGUGAAAAUAAGCUGAGCUUACACGUGAAUGUGGGCUACUGUAACUGUUGUGAUUUUAUUAAAUUUGUAUACACUGUGUGCAUGGAUGCUGUUCUUUUCACUAGACUUCACAAGCUGUCUGUUCAUGUGUGAAAGAGGUACGUUUAUGUCUACAGGUGCUUAUUACAUGUGAUGAACAAAAGAAGCGCUAAAACCUUUAGCUCCACUGUAGACAGUAGAGAGUGGAUUGUGGA